AUGGACUCUGUUCGUGCGACGCUGCCACAACCUGCUUGGGGAUACAAGAAGGAAACACCGGCUGCAUUCGACACAGUUCUUGCAUGGAAAGAACUGCCUGAAGAGGGGGUGGAUCUACAUACACUUGGGCCCCAAGGACUACAUGUUGCACAAGUCCAGGCUAUAUUCUCCCUUCCAGACCGUUUCGGUACCUUUCCACACCCUUUUGCCUACGUAGAAUGGUUUACUCCUCUCCGGAAGCUCGAUGACCAUACAGGCAUGUUCAAGGUUAGCCGAUCAACAGCAAACCAGCAGCAGAAGGCAGAAAAUGGAUCCUACAUGGACAAGUGA